AUGUCCUUGGCCAUUGGCCAUUUCGCAGUGUUUGAGCUGGAUGACCUCUUCAAAAUGCCUACAAUGCACCGACCAUCAAGAUUUUCAAAUCUGACACCUAAGGCAUCAGAAUCAUGGGGUUUAAUGAAAGCUGCUGGAUCACCAAAUUUGAUAGUCACCAAUCAACCCGUCCACAUCGUCUCCACUGUGUCCGCCCACACUAAUGGCUCUGUUGAUCCAGCCGCCGGCUUCUUUGAAGACCUGCUGACGCACAUUCACUUGCCGCGAUGGGCGAUCUUCACCAUCUUUGGAGCUGCAGGGCUGAUUCUACUGGUUUGCUGCCUGUGUAUCUGCAUCAAAUGUUGCUGCAAAAAGAAGAAGAGACACCAAAAGGAUCAGCAGAUCCUUUUGAAGGGGCUAAAUGGAAGAACAGCCACAGCUCUGGUUCAGCCAGAUACGGGGGAUGUUGACUACGGUUCAACCAAACAAUAUAGAGGAAAGCUGCUCUACUCCUUGGAGUACAAUGCCACCUUGUCUGAGCUUACAGUGGGGAUCAAACAAGCUGACAGUUUGAAGGCAAUGGAUUUGGGAAGGAGCUCUGAUCCUUAUGUAAAAGUCUACAUCCUCCCCGAAAAGUCCAAAGUUUUUGAGACUAAAGUGUUUAAAAACACAUUGAACCCCUACUUCAAUGAGCAGUUUACCUUCCAGCUGUCUAAGUCCACCCUUCAGAAGUCCACAGCAGUAAUGAAGGUGUUUGACUUCAAUCGUUUCACCAAGCAUGAGAUCAUCGGUGAGCUCAGAGUUCAGCUCUGCAAUAUCGACUGGAACCAUGUCAUUGAGGAGUGGCAAGACCUGGCAACACCCGCAAAGUUUGAGGAAGAAAGCUUAGGGGAGAUCUGCUUCUCGCUGUGCUAUGUUCCAACAAUCAGCAAGCUCACUGUGGCCAUCCUGGAGGCCAAAAACCUAAAGAGCAUGGACUUAGGAGGAAGCUCAGAUCCGUUUGUGAAAGUACAGCUGACUCUGGACAAGAGGAAGUGGAAGAAAAAAACAACCUCUGUUAAAAAGAAAACACUGAACCCCUAUUUCAACGAGUCCUUUACUUUUGAAGUGUCAAUGGAUCAAAUACAGAGGGUGAGCCUGGUGAUCUCAGUUUGGGACUACGACGCCAUGAGCAGGAAUGACAGCAUGGGGAAGGUUUUCCUCGGCUGCCACUCCACAGGAAAUCAACUGAGGCACUGGGCCGACAUGUUGUCCAACCCACGACGGCCGGUUGCUCAGUGGCACAGCCUGCUGUCGGCUGAGCAGGUCAACUCCACCCUUGGCCUGAAAAAGAAUUUCCCGGUGCCCAGCAAAUUUAAAGAAAGUCAACUGUUUAAAAAACAUUUCAAUUAGGCAAAUGGUUAAUUUGACAAAAAACCUUUUCUGAUAUAUCGGGCGAUGUUACUGAUUAUCCGGCAGGAUAACUUAGGACUCACGUUUGGACAGCAACUAUUGGAUCACUUUUAGAAUAUAUAAGCAAUUUUUGUAACAAUAUAUUUUAUUCCUGUAAAAAUACCCCAGGUUUGGAUUUCCAUUUCUUCAUAAAGUACACACAAAGGAAAAGUAUUUGUUGAAUAGUGCAAUUUCUGGGUUGAUCAGGUUUAACAUAUAAAGGAAUUAUUAUCUGUGCAGUUUUGGGAGGUCCACCCAACUUUACCUGUAAAAUCCAUUCUUAAAGUAUAUAUUUUCCCUUUGAGAGUACUGCUUUGUAAAGUUACAACCACAAUCUUUAAUGCCUUUCCUAGCGAUACAUGUGCAGAACAACACAAAGUGAUUGUACAGUGGAA